GUGGGAAAUAUAAAGGGGCAUGCAUGCUGAAUGACAGCCUUCCUCAAUUUUGAAUAUACAAAUCUGCAUUGUAUCUUGCUGAUCUCAGUUUCUCCUGGAAACUGUGCAACAGUUUUUCAUUUAACAAAAAAAUCAAUAACAUGACUCUCCACAUAUAUACACCACUUUCAGCUGCUCCAGGUACUUGUCACAGCUAGAAAAGGUAUGUGGAAUGCAGAGCAUAGUAGAUUGGAAGGGAGUGGAUGCUUACUUUCAGUGCUCCCAUCUUUCCUAUCAAAAUGCAACCAAAUGUGUACUUUUUAGGCACAUCACCUAUUUGCUAUGAUAUAAAGGUAAAUUACAGAGCAAUUGAGGCUUGAGAGCAUUUUAAACAAUGCAGGCAUUAGGCUUAAGAGUUUUUUUUAAUUAAUUGAAUUCCUGAACUUCCUACACAUGCACAGAAGGAAGAACAUGCCUAUUCCAUUUGGACUACAUACUUUUGAAGAUUUGAAAUUAUUGACUGUGACCCAGUAAACAAACACUUUUAACUAUGAUUCUGAGAUUAAAUGUCUGUAUGUGACUAAUUUAGCAUUAAUUUUUUAACAGUUAGGUUACCGGAUUUGAAUUGUACGCAGCAAUGCCAUGAAUUUUUCUGAGAUCAUUGAAAAUCCUCAAGUAAAUGUGUUAACAACGUCAAAUACAUUUUAUGUUUUUACAUCAUUUAUUUCAUAAAUACUUUUGUUCAAUUCUGCUUUUAACCCUUUACAGUUUUUUAGGCAACUGAAACUGUGCAUCUGUUCAUAAGGAUAAAUAGUAAGUCAUACAAACAAAAAUCAUCUGUAAACUCAAAAUUAAUGGUCAAUGUUUGUCAUUCUUUUCUACUGUCGUUUCUAUUCUUAGAGAUAGGUGUUUCACAGCAGUACCUCUUUUGGCUGUUUUGGCCAGACACCACUGUUUCAUUACUCAGCAGCUGACAAGGAAAGACAGCACUUUUAGAACUGAGUGUUAGUGUCAGUGGAAUUCAACCAGGAUGGCGGGACCAGCCCACUCAAAAUUAUUGCUGGACUGAAGCCUUGAUGAAUGACUUCUUGUAAUGGAGUAUGAACCCUCAUCUCCACAAUCCAUUAAUGAACCUUCUGCUGUCAGUAUUUUGGAAGGUUAAGUAAAACUUGUUCAUCAUAAAACUCAGUUCUGUCAAAACUAUAUAGUUUUCAAAAUUUAUACAGAUAGAAUGAGAGAUUGCUUUAUUUUGUCAAUUUUUUCCCAUGUGGAACUGUCCUGUCCAGAGAUCUUCAGCCUCAUUGGCACUGUACUGCACCAAAAAAAAUGUUCAGAAUUAGUAUUUGAAGUUUUUUUUUUAGAUUUAAAAAAGUGCUAUUUUUAGGCUAGCUUGAGGCAAAACAAAGUUAUAACAAACUUUAUAUGGAAGGGGUCAAGUGAUAAUGAUACAAUAAUAUCCUCCUUUCUCUUAGGAGCUUGAUAUUCGGAAAAGUGCUGUUGGAGAGAAAUGCAGAGGGGUCUCUGUCAAAAAAAAUGCUAAAUGGGCAAACCCCCAUUAUUCUGAAAAUUCCAAGACUGUAAAUACCAGAAGUAACAGAAUGUCCAAAUAUUGGACAGGAGUUGAAAAGGAGAAAAAAUUUAUUUAGGUACUGAAGCAGAUGGUACACACAUUUUAGGAGGUCACCAGACAUGAUAACUCUUGGUUCUAAGAUGUAGGUAGUAAAAUGGACAAAAUGAUGAAUUUGAGAAACUUGAGUUUAAGUCAUUUUAUUUUUAAUGAAGAAAUACCUCAAGGCUACAAUUAAAUUAACAGAAGCAGUGAAAUCUUCUAUUCUGUAGAGCACAAAACAAAAGAAACACACUAUCUUUGUGAUCAGCAUGCAAAAUUCAUAAGGUGUACUACUGCAUCCCCUUUUUUCUAGGAGGCACUUUAGCAAAGGGAAUAGGAGUGGUUGACAAGAUCUUCCAUAGCAAAGAAGCAAGCAACAGGGUUUUGAGCGAUGUCUGGCUGACGACUUCCAUUCAUUCCAACGUGCAAAAACAGAGCUGGUACAUUCCUGUCAAAAAGCUAUCCAGGAACACGUUAAAUGAAGUAAAUACUGAGAAAAUGGAAAGACCACUUGAGACUACCAGAAUGGAAAACAACACCUCAUCCUGCUUUCUCAUGAAAAGAAAGACUCAUGUCAAGAUUAACAGGAAAGAAAUCAUGCUAGCUAAGCUGAGAAAGAGCUGUGCCUGCACACCACAGAAGCUGAAGAACUUUCUUAUGGACUUCUUUCCUGUUUUACGAUGGCUUCCCAAGUACCGAUGCAAAGAGUACAUUUGGGGGGAUAUUAUGUCUGGGUUAGUGAUUGGGAUCAUUUUGGUGCCCCAAGCAAUUGCAUAUUCACUGCUGGCAGGUCUGAAGCCCAUUUAUAGCCUUUACACAUCCUUCUUUGCCAACAUCAUCUAUUUCUUAAUGGGCACAUCCCGUCACGUCUCAGUUGGCAUUUUCAGCUUGAUAAGCUUAAUGGUGGGACAAGUUGUGGACCGAGAACUUCUCUUGGCUGGGUUUGACUUGAAUGAUGAUGCCCCACCAGCCUCAGGUGAUGGCUCUCUGCAAAAUGACAAUCUGUCCAACACAACUGCCUUCAACCUUACCAUUGUGGGGAUAAAUGCCGAGUGUGGGAAAGAGUGCUACGCUAUUGGCAUUGCUACAGCCUUGACAUUCAUGGCUGGAGUGUACCAGGUUCUAAUGGGGAUCUUCCGUCUAGGUUUCGUAUCUAUGUACCUAUCUGAGUCCGUACUAGAUGGCUUUGCAACUGGUGCUUCCUUAACCAUUUUAACAGCUCAAGUGAAGUAUCUUAUUGGAAUAAAAAUUCCACGUAGCCAAGGGCAUGGGAUGCUGGUUAUUACCUGGAUUAACAUUUUCCGGAACAUUUCUCAGGCUAACCUUUGUGAUGUCAUCACAAGUGCCAUUUGUAUUGUGGUGCUGGUCACUGCUAAGGAACUCGGAGAUCGGUAUAAGCAUAAACUGAAAUUUCCUCUUCCCACAGAGCUGGUAGUUAUAGUUGUGGCAACACUGGUGUCACACUAUGGUAAGUUAAAUGAAGUGUAUGCAUCCAGUGUUUCUGGAGCUAUUCCAACAGGAUUUAUCCCUCCAAAGGUACCAGAGUUCAACUUAAUGCUCCGAGUUGCUCUAGAUGCUUUGCCUCUUGCCAUAGUCAGUUUUGUCUUCACUGUAUCCCUUUCUGAAAUGUUUGCAAAGAAAUAUGCUUACACCAUCCGAGCCAAUCAGGAAAUGUUUGCUGUGGGGUUCUGCAACAUCAUUCCUUCCUUCUUCCACUCUUUUGCAACCAGUGCAGCUUUGGCAAAAACACUCGUCAAAACAUCUACAGGUUGCCAGACUCAAAUCUCUGGAGUAAUUAGUGCAAUGGUGGUUUUGCUGGUGCUGCUGUUCCUGGCACCUCUCUUCUACUCCUUGCAGAAGUGUGUCCUGGCUUGCAUUAUCAUUGUGAGCCUUCGAGGAGCCCUGAGGAAGUUCCGAGAUGUGCCAGCACGGUACCGUAUGAAUAAGGUGGACACACUUGUUUGGGUAGUUACCAUGGCUGCCUCUGCCUUGGUCAGCACAGAAAUAGGGCUGUUGGUUGGCAUUGUUUUCUCCAUGUUAUGCAUCAUUGUUAGGACCCAGCGGCCACGGACAGCCCUGCUCGGUCAGAUUCAAGACACAAGCUUUUAUGAGGAUGACUUAGAAUAUGAAAAUCUCUCUACUGUUCCAAAGGUCAAGAUAUUUCGCUUUGAGGCCCCACUUUACUAUGCAAAUAGAAACUACUUCCUAAAGUCUCUGUACAGAUUGACCAAUUUAGAUCCUAAUCUAGAAGCUGCUAGGAGGAAGAAAUAUGAGAAGAAGGAAAAGCAGCAUCUGAAAAAGGGAAACCACAGAACUGCUAAUGGACUGGGCAUCGGAGAAACCACCUUGCAACUAGUUCCUAAGCAAAUUGAUUUCCAAGCCCUUGUUGUCGAUUGCUCUUCCAUCUCAUUUUUGGACACGACUGGAGUUAAUACUUUGAAGGAAAUCCUGAAAGACUACAAGAAUUUAAACAUUUCUGUUCUCCUGGCUUGCUGCAAUCCCUCAGUGAUAGACUCUCUGAAAAGAGGGGGUUACUUUGGAAAGGAUUUUGGAUGUAUGCAGGAAAUGCUAUUCUACAGUAUACAUAAUGCUGUGAUGUUUGCAAAAGACCAAAAGCUUCCAGCAGACUGCUCAGUUUAACCCUGUGUCUUCCCUGAUGAUUCAGUACAAAGUAAGAGCUAGAGAGGGGUAGUUUGCAACAAGUAAAUUAUCAGACACACUGUUGGCUCUGUAAAGCCAUUCCCCCAAAGAGUUCCACCUUAUGUCAUAUGCCACACAGGGCAGCCACUGGAGAGGCAGUCCAGGACAAACAUGGAAAGGUUAGAUCACCACCUUCACUUUAAAACGCAGUGAUUGACUUGUCCAUCAAGUCUGUGACCCAACAUGGAUGUCAGGGCACUGCUGUGCUGGAAGGCCUGCCCAGUGCUGCUCUCCCAGUGAUUUAAUGGCUGGUUUGUGUUAAGAAGGCUAAGCCACUUCCAUGAAAAUGCAAUCAAUGGCAUUCUGGAUACAUAAUUGUUUAAAUUGUGGCUAGCAAAGCCCUAUUCCUUCCAGUCAUUCUAUGUGUACUCCUAGACAAGUCCCCACUGUUUGCAUAACAAUAAAAUGUAUAAAAUAUUGUGGAAUGUAGAAUAUCUCUCCUCCUUGAUCACACAAGCUUAAUAGGAGAAGAAACUAUAAUCCAUCAAAGGUUCCUCUCAAAAUGACCAUUUUCAAAAAUUUCUGGCUUUGGAGUUACAGAAUUCAUCCGUUCUAUUGGAUUAAAUCUGUCAUAAUUAAGUUACUGAAAGCUGUGAUACCCCUAAUCAUGCUGGAAGAAAUAUGACUCUGAUGCGCAAAUUUGUAACUAGAAAAAGGAUAAACAGGAUUUUUAAAAAAAUGAAUGGCUUUAACUGGCAGCUACCCAGCUAGUUUGCAUCCUGUAAAAUAAGCUGCCUCUGGUAGACAGAAGCAACUAUAAUUCAGGGAUACAUAAGAACCAUCAAAUAUAAAACCUCAGAGUUGUGAUGCAGCACAUCACUAUCUUCCUACAAAUGCCUGCCUGGGUUCAAUGAAAAUAAGGGUAGGGUGGGAAGGUAAAUCUGCAAGUUUUCUUGAAGGGGAUUGAUGGAUCAGUCAGAAUUGCCUGGCUGGUCCUUUCUGACGCAAUGCUAAUGAAGUAUUACAAGUAACAUACAUGGGUCAAGUAAACGGAGCAAUGCUUUGUAACUUGUGCAUCCCUCUAUGCUGAAAAACUUUCACCACUAUUUGUACAUACUACAGAUGUUGUGGGGGUUUUGUUUGCUUGGUGUUUUCUUCCUAUCAUAUUAAUCUUUGAGGUUUGAGGUCUACUAGACCAUGUUUUCUGGGGCUGGUUACUUUCUAUAACAAUUUGCAUUAACUGCUAUGCAUUAUACUUUAUGUCAUCAGUUGUAUUGUUGUAUACGUACGUUCUCUCUUCACAAUUAGAAAUAAGACUUGGAUUUUGAUUGUAACACAGUAUGCAGCUCUGGCCCAUGGCAUGGGCAGAAUAUUCUGUUUCGUGCUCAAGUUUAUAAUUACCUGCAUGAAAGAUAAGACAGCUGUGCUCACUCUCUCUCCUUUUUCAUGUCAGGUUCACAUACCACCAAGCAUGGAAGGAAAUUCUAUCACAGCUGUGCCUCUCAAAACUAACAGAUUCUAGAAAUAGGUUCCAUAUAUACAGAAGCCAUUUCUUUGCCCUCCCAUUUAAAAAAAAAAAAAAGUCAAACCAACACAUCAUAUGACUUACUCAUUUCAAUAUUUUAGGUCACUGAGUGAAAGAACAGUCAAACUGAGAUUCUCUAGGUGCCCCAGAGCCUGUCUGGCUCUCAGAAAGAAGUAUUUCCUUACAGGAAAAGCAGUGCACUUCCAAAAGACCAAAAAAUAUCUUCACCAGGACUAUGACUAGCACAGUAUCAGGUUAUUCAAUGCUGGCAUUUUCAGGCACUCAUUACGAAGGCAGCCUAUCAGCUCCACACUGAUAGUAUUGCUAAAGUAGCAAAACCUGACAGAAGCAUCUGACGAGAUUAAAGGAUUGAUCAUUAGCAGUAUUUUCCUGUCAUAAAACAAUCCACAUUAUUAUUUAAAUUGCUGACUUGGUAUGACUAGCUUCUUUCUGUUCUAAAAGGAAGUAAGCAAGGCCCAAGGACAAAAACUGCUUAGUACCUGAUUUUGUUUGUAACCAUUCUUUGAUCAGGGAAUUCCUCUUUUAAGGUCCUGUUUGGGCCUAACAAGACAAAUGGGUUUAAAAGAGUUACUACCAGAUGGUAUCAACAUAGACACUCUUAGGACACUGUGCUAAAACAAGCUGUCAUUGGAAGUCAAAUAAAACAUCCUACCAAUCUACACUUUUUUUAGCUUUAUGGAUCCAGCUACCAACAUAGAACACAAAUAAAAAAAAAAAAGCAAAGAUACCCUUAGCUUUAGAAUAACCUUAUUUUAAAAGACAAAAAAAAAAAAUUCCAGUGGAAAGUGUAGCCUUGCAAGAGUCUCUGGAGAAUAAUGAAGAGGAUAAGAAAGUAAGAGUGGGAAGUCUCUUUUUCACCAUAUUUAUUUUACAUUGGUACCAAAAGAUACCAAAGUGAAGAAACUUGACUACACAUAUGAGAGAAGGUAAACUUUAGAAUUUACAUAUGAAGAAAGAAACUAUUGGUCACAAGGAACUGUAAGAACAAUUUCCUGGUUUGGUUUUACUGGCAGAGCUGGCUCACAAUCAACUGUGUUGGACAUUGUCAAACGCAGCAUGGAAACACCUUCAGUGCUAAUGAUGUAGGGAUGCUGGCAGACUGUGAAUUAUUUCUAAGAAGUAUGUCAAAGAUAACUAAAAAAGCAAACCUUUUUCUGGUACAUCUAUGUUUGCUAUACUGAGUUAUACUAAGAUUAAAGAUAUGAAGAUUGAAAAUUAACAAAAACUGCUGAUUCUCUUCUCUCCUAAUUUACCAGUAAUUAGUUAUCACGUCUUGGAGAGGAGCAGGGGAUAGGCUGGUAAUUCCAACUAGGCUAAUACUAAUAUUGAAAUAAAAACCAUUAUAUGCCUUUUAAUAAAUGUUAUAUGCUUUAUA